AUGGGUCACCUUGCUUACUUCAGCCUUUGUUUUCUUGGCAUCUUCUUCACCAGUCCUUUCCUUCAAGUGAAAGCUGACACCUGUGCCAGAGAAUGGUUGCAAAACCAAGGAAACUGCUAUGCAUAUUUUGAUCAGAAGUUGACAUGGCAUGAAGCUGAGAUUGAGUGCCAGAGCUAUCACCGUGGGGCCCACCUUGCCUCCAUCCUUACCACAGCAGAGACACUCUUGGUGGCUGAGCAUGUAUCCACUUACCAACGGGAACUUGGUAAUGUCUGGAUUGGACUCCAUGAUGUCCGUCAGACUGGGAAGUGGAGAUGGGCUGAUGAAUCCACCUAUAACUACAAAUCCUGGAUGACUUACCAGCCAGACAACUAUGGCAACAAUGAGCACUGCGUGGAACUGCAACGAUCCACAG